UCGGGUUGCGCCCGGUACGGCCCCCGUGGGAGUGAAAGCUACGAAGAACGGAAGGCGAGAAAACGUCUGCAGCUAUCUACCAUGCCGAUACGACUUUUACUGUGUUUACUUCUAGCGGUCGCUGUAGACGGGAGCCUACGACGACAUCAUGCCUUAAAAAAGUUACAUAAAAACUCUGUUGGUAGCAUACGACCCUGGUCACCAUUUCACGCAUGGCAUCAACAUCGGAUUGAACCCUGGUUCCUCCGUUGGCCUGCAUUCUGGCGUCUCGGGUCUGCUGCAAAAGAUAUAAAUGUAGCUAGUGUUAAGCAAAGACGGCGCUGGAGUACUUUCAGAGCCCGAAGAUCUAAAUGGAGUCAGCUCUUUUCUAAACUUAACAAGCACGAUUUCCAUAAGGUUCCAAAACAGAAUCCAUUCCUUUCUUGGCCAAACUCUAUCGACAAGCUUGCGUCCACGUAUGACCUUUCAAAAACGCUGGAAAGUGCCUCUCAUUAUGCAAAACCACCAUGGCUUCAGAGAUUAAGGAAUAACCGCGACGGAAACACUGUUGAUUCUUUGCCAAUUCAAACUCUGUAUGCUGGUGACCGGCUCGCUAAAGUUUCGAACCUUAAAUGGGAUGAGCGACGGGGAGAGUCCAAAUCUGGUUUCCUUAAAACUAUUCAUCCAAUAAAAGGGGACUUUCCAAAAUCGUCGCUGUUUUCUGAACCCUUACCGAGACUCACUGACCACAAACAUCACCCAGAGCAGGAAAGAGUGGAUGAAGAUCUUACUUCUGGGGAAGAAUGGUCAGGCCUUCCAGUGGAAACGACACAGUCUCAUUCACAGAGCCCGGAUUGGCGUACCAACCUAGAGAAAGCCGUAAAAUUUGAAAUCGCUAAAGAGUUUGACCCUUACAAAUCCACCGACGACCAUGUGUUGUAUCAAUCGGGAGAAACGUCAGCGAAGGAACCUGCAAAUGGAGAAAAGGAAAGAAAGAUGUCAGAGAAUUUUUUUUCCCUGCCCAUUCAGCAGACCGAAGGGAAAGAACCUGUGGGGCCUAUUUCAGAUAGAAAUAGCGGAAUAUUUGAUGGUCAGGGAUUUCCAGCAAGCGGGGAAACAUUUGAAGAACACUUUAGCUCUGGUGUGAAAACUUCACCAGGAUUUUCGUACGGAAUAGUUGGCCAGAACGACGAUUCGUUCAAGCCAACUUUUGAGGAAACGUUGCAGCCGAUGGAGCGUUCUACUGGAGACACGUUUGGUCAUGACUUUGGAUCAUUUGAGCCUCUAGUACCUGGUGGAGAUGAUUAUUACUCUACAUACAUGGAUUUUGACGAAUCUGGAUUUGGAUCAUUUGGAUCAUUUGGACCCUUUGAUGAAGGGUCUUUCGUAAAUGAGGGCGAUUGUGAUGGUAUAGAAACCAGGGCGUGCAAGGACGACUCACAGUGCAAAUGUCUAGGAAUGUACUUCUGUGUUUCCGGAACCUGCUCGACCGUCUCCACCUCUUCAGACGACCAGGAGCUUCCACCGGAGAUGUCCGGGAUCUGGCACGAGACGCCGAUGACAGAAUGACAGAAUCUAUCAAGAGAGGUCAAAUUAGCUGGUGGCAAAUAAAUUAUAAACCACCAGGCUUUGUGUUGCCAUGGUUGUACCUACUAAUGGCGAAUAUUGACCUGAACCCGGAAACAACAGCCCAUUGACCCAGGAAAAGCAGCUUAUUAUUUGGACGUAAUUGACCUGUGCAUCUUAUGUGUUCACCCUCCUUCUGUCAAUAUCUCUGUCGUUAAUUGACUUCAAUGGUUACACUCGUGACACGUGCGAAACAACAGAGAGCAUCCGUCAUACAAGGUCGAUACAAAGAAGGAUUCGUCGAUCUCUUGUCCCGUUCCCCAGCGUUCAAUCCUUGGUAGCCACCUCACCAUCACCUGAAUGUUUCUCCCUCUUGUUCUCACUGUUAACAGAGAGUGCUGGUUUACGUUCUUGAACAUUAUGAGUGCUGUGGAUCUGUCAAUUCUCUACCAGUCUAGCGUUUGGACUUCCAUCUUAAAUAAACUUACUGUUCGUAUAACAGUGACUUUCUCACUGUAUCUGUCAAAGUGAUGUCUUCUUCUGUUUAAAAGUCUCAGUGUUAUGUACCUAACACAAAAGAUCAUACUGACGUGUACGUGACAAGGGGUUAUUUGAUGUCAUCAUGUGGCUAAAAUUCUCUGACAUGUACCGUACUCGUUUCUUCCAAAACUUUUUUUGAGUGUAAUGCUAAUUAGUAGUGUCUCACGUAAAUAUUUAAUCGACUCAAUUCAGACUCUGACUUUACAGAGUUGUCUACAUAUAAAUUAACUGGUUCUAGCAACUGUGUCCUGACGAUGGCCUGUACUUUCUAGGUUUCUGAGAGUAUCUUAAGAUUUUUCUGACAUUUUUGAAACUAUGUAUUUUACUGCUGUCUAUUGAAUGUAUAUUUGAAGUUUAUACAUGUAUAUGUGUCCAGGUUCUUCUUUACUUCUGAUUCACGGAGUUCGCUAUCGCUUUUAACUUAAGGUAAUUAGUCCCUUACAUUUUAGACGUGUGUAUACAUGUCUACCCGACAAAGACAAAAAUAUUUGCCA